AAGUUGCUUGAGUCAACUCCUCCCCCCUCACUCUCUCCACUUCACUCUGCUUACGGUUUUGAGAUGUGUGACUGGGACCUCAUCAACAAGGUCUGGGCCAAGGUAGAGGAGGACUUGGCUGGGAAUGGACAGACCGUCCUACUCAGGUUGUUUGAAGAACAUCCAGAGACCAAGGCUCACUUCCCCAAGUUUAAGGACAUCCCUCUCGGGCAGCUGACAUCCAACGCUGACGUUAAGACCCACGGCAACACUGUGUUCAAGGCUCUGGGCGAUGUGGUCAAACAGAAAGGCAAGCACGCCAGCAACCUGCAGGCUCUGGCCACCACCCACAUCAACAAACACAAGAUCCCACCCCAGAACUUCACUCUGAUCACCAACGUGAUCCUGAAGGUUUUCGCUGAGAAGUUCCCGGGAGAGAUGACAGCACCAGCCCAGGAAGCCUUCAGCAAGGCUUUCAAAGCCAUCUGCUCCGAGCUAGAGGAUCUCUACAAGAAAGGAGGCUUUCAGUCAUAACUGCCUCAGUCUGCACAAACCUGGGAGAAGAGGGAGGAUAAAAAUCAAACUCAUGAAGUGGGAGGGGGAGAGAGAGAAGGGAAGAAAGAGGGAGAGGGGAGAAAGAGAGAGGGUGAGAGAGAGAGAGAAAAAAUCAACCAGUAACUAUUUCAUUUGGUGACUGCUGUGUAAACCCUGCAUUUCGUGGGGUCAUAAAGUACUAGUUUUGGCAGAUUGUUGCGUGACGUGUGUAGAUGCUGUUUGUAUCGUGGAUUUCUGUAGUUUGUCCAAGAGACGAUGAAGUUACCACUGACCUGAACAGUCGAUGGUCAAAACACAACCAGCUCAGGAAUAAAACUGUCAGCAUUUGGCUC